AUGGAGGUGGGAGCUGGUGCUGAGGCGGAGCCGCUGCUGCCCCCGCGGAGCUGGCGAGCGGGACGGAAGCUCUGGCGGGCCGGUGCCCGUUCCGUCGCUGAGGACGGUACUGGAACUGAUAAUGACCUUUAUAUAAACCAAGCCAUAGUGUUUAUUGAAGAUGCAAUACAGUAUCGAUCGAUAAAUCACCGCGUGGACUCCAGGUCGCUGGGGCUGUACCGCUGGUACUAUUCAAGAACUUGCCAGUGGAUUUUGAGUUUAACCAUUACUGUAAUCCUGGCUUUGGCUUUCAUUGAGAAGCCUUCUUCGCUUACGAUCACCUCAGAUGUCCGUUACCGCCUCCCCCCCUGGGAUCCUCCCUGCGGCCUGACUGAGAGCAUUGAGCUGCUUUGCUUCCUGGUCUUCAUGGUUGAUGUAUCUGUGAAGAGUUACUUAAUUGGAUGGGAGGAAUUCUGGAAAAAUAAAUGGCUAAUGGCUUAUAUAUUGACAUUAUUUGUUUCCCUGACUGAUUGGACCGUGUCACUGAGUUUUUUCUGCGUGGAGAACGUGAGAAUAAGAAGAAUUCUUCGUCCUUUUUUUCUCCUUCAGAAUUCUUCUAUGAUGAAGAAAACUUUAAAAAGUAUCAACAGCACACUGCCAGAAAUGGCAAGUGUUGUUCUGCUGCUAGCUGUUCAUCUGUCUCUCUUUACCAUGUUUGCCAUGCUGCUGUUUGCUCGAACAAAGGAUGGCCAGCAGGAUAAGGAGUGGAUGAGGUAUUUCCGGAAUUUGCCAGAUUCCCUGACGUCACUGCUGGUCCUGCUAACUACAGCAAAUAAUCCUGAUGUGAUGAUUCCUGCAUAUUCUAAGAAUCGAGCAUAUUCCAUCUUCUUCAUACUCUUCACUGUAUUAGGCAACUUGUUUCUGAUGAACUUGCUGACAGCAAUAAUCUACAACCAGUUUCGAGGAUACCUUCUGAAAUCGGUGCAGUCCUCCCUCUUCAGGAGGCGGCUGGGAAUCCGGGCUGCAUUCGAGGUGCUUUCUUCCCUGAAAGAGACUCCUGCUAAUGCACAGCAGUCGUAUGUCAGCGCUGGGGCUUUACAACAAGUGCUGCAGAAAGCUGAGAUGGAUUCUCGCUGCAAACAAGCCAUCAUGAGGUCACUGGAAAUGUGCUCCUGUGACCAGCUGUCAGCUACCCAGUUUCAGAAGCUCUUUGAAGAAUUAGACAAAGAUGCCAUUAAGCAACAUCCUCCCAGCCCAGGGUACCAGUCCCAUUUUAUGCAGAAAAUGCAGUUUGCCUUUGGACAUCGCUACUUUGGCUACCUGGGGAAUGUUGUAGCCCUUGCAAACAUUAUUUCUAUCUGUGUUGUUUUGGUGAUAGAUGCAGAUAAGCAGCCAUCUGAAAGAGAUGACUUCUUCCUAGGGGCUAUCAACUGCUUCUUCAUCCUGUACUAUCUGCUGGAAAUGUUGCUGAAAAUCUUAGCAAUGGGCCUGAAAAGAUACUUGUCAUACCCAAGCAACAGAUUUGAUGGACUUCUGACUGUAAUUUUGCUGGUUUUGGAGAUUGCAACUUUUGCUGUGUAUGGAUUUCCUCAUCCUGGUUGGAGACCUGAGCUGAUGGGCUUGCUGUCCCUGUGGGAUAUGGUGCGCCUGGUGAACAUGUUAAUUGUGUUCAGGUUCCUGAGGAUUAUCCCUAAUAUGAAGUUCAUGGCUUUGGUUGUUACUACACUGCUGGAUUUGGUAAAAAACUUGAGAGCCUUUGCAGGGAUCCUUGUGGUGGUUUUCUACGCCUUUGCCAUAACUGGCAUCAUGCUGUUUCAAGGUGCUGUUGUUCCCUCAGGAAAUACCAGUGCUAUCAAUACAACCUAUGAUAAUGGCACACUGCAGUGUGGGACCUACGAGCAGCUGGAAUAUUGGCCCAACAACUUUGAUGACUUUGCUGCAGCAGUGGUGACUCUCUGGGAUGUGAUGGUGGUGAACAACUGGCAAGUCUUUUUGGAAGCGUUUUCAAGAUACUCAAGUCCGUGGGCAAAGAUCUAUUUUGUAGCCUGGUGGUUGAUCUCCUCUGUCAUCUGGGUUAAUCUCUUUGUAGCUUUACUUCUAGAGAACUUCAUUCACAAGUGGGACCGUCGCUGCCAUCGAGCGUCUCUCUCGGACGUUGAGUACCAGAGGACAGUUGAGCUGAUGUUCAGAGAUGUUUUGGAAGAACCUACAGAGGAGGAGCUGAUGGAAAAACUGCACCAGCACCCACACCUGCACUUGUGUAGGUGACUGGUGGGAAGGACUGAGUUAUUUAGACCUCUGUUUUCUUGAGGUUGUCAGCUGGAAGAAACUGAAUGGAUUUUCU